ACAAGUUCCAGAACAGACUUUAUUCUAGCCGGAAAAAUGUAGCAAAUAAACUGACUAGAAACGGGGUUUAUACAAUUAUUUAGUGUUCUGACAACAUAAAAUACAGGUUCAGAUAUCAGUUGACAUUAUUGGGGUACAACAACAUAAUAAUAAUGAGGAUCCAAAAAAACCCAGAGGUACCAAUCCAGAGAACCCAGCAGAAAUAAUCACUCGCCUGGGUUAGGUGAGGGCACGCACUUGCCUGGGUUAGGCAAGGACUCAUUCAAGGAUAUAUCCAGUAAAUAACCACUCACCACAGGAGGAAGUGAGGGUACUCAGGUUCAGGAAGACUCCUUAGACGGCGUCCCAGCCUAAGGAGAGGGCUCCAGUUCACAGACCCACUGCUCCAAGAAGACCACUCAAAAGGGGUUUUCAGCAGGGACUCCAUUUUAUAGCCUGGUCAGAUCUGGCCGUGGGCAUCACAACAUGGUCCAGAAGCUUCUCAGCUUCCCUGGGCACCUCCUUUGUUGAGGACCCUGUCCAUCGACUGAGAGUCCCACCCCUCCUGCCCCAUCAGCUGCGGUGAGGUGAAGUCACCCUGCCCCAGGGCAGGGCUGGGUGUGAGUGUCAGCACCUUGGUACCACCUGAGGUGUGUACAUGGGGACAGGCACAGUGGGGUACAAAACGUGCUAAGGAGCCACCAACUACCCCACUGAAGGCUCUGAAUUUCAGGGUGGUGUACCACAGCCACAAGGAGAUAUUCAGUAGGGAGCUUUUAUUUGAUCUAUGCCCUUGAGUCCAGGAGUCAAGGGUGGCUUGUACCAGUUGACCAUUAGUGGAUUUUCUACCCCUGCAAGUUGUUUUCAGGAGGCUGAUUCGGCAAUUUCUCUGCAACCCUUCAUUCUGCUGCUCUUCUGACAGGCAGGCUGGGAAGUGUCGACUGAUGGGUGAUCUGUGAAUUUAGUUUCUGCUUCCUCUGGCCCUGCAGUGAAACAGGACAGUGGCUCCCCUGACUGUCCUUUGCUGAGCGAACACCUCUGUGAGAGCACUGUAGGUGACAACGGGACAAAAGAACCCGGAUCCUGAAUCCUGACAGCGACCAAACAUGGGACUGUCACUCAAUCGCAACAUUGUUCACUGCAGAAAAACAUCUACUUUGUUUAUGUCACCCAACGGAGCUCUUCUGAAUUAAGAUUCAAAUAUUGAAGACUGACACUGAUACCAGGUAAGGGAAUACCCAGCACAUUUACAUCCCUGCACCUGCCCUGCUCUGAAUAGGAGCAGCACCAAAAUCCCCCCCGCCACCAGCUCUAUAAAGCUCCUGUUCCCACAUGGGACACCCAGGAAACAGCAGCUGCCAACCUGCGCCAAGCAUUGGUGAAACAACCUCCUUUUAGGGCACAGCGGCUCUACCCAUCUUGGAGGAUGGCAGCUUGUUAUUCUCAAAAUAAAUUUAAUGUCACUUCGUAUGACAACAUGGCUAUACUCGUCACCACACUUCAGGCAUUCGCUGGCAUGUGGAUAAAUGGUUUCAUCAUUUCUGUACUUUGUAUGGCUUGGGUCAAGAAGAAAAGCCUGAACUCCAAUGAGAAGAUCUUGCUGUUUCUGGGAUGCUGCAGGGUUUUGUAUUUGUGUGUCACAUGGGUGUCUUCCUUUCUUCAAUCAAUUUAUCCCUUGUGCUAUCAGGUUCAACCCAUACCCCGAAUAUUGACAGCUAGUCAAAGCUUUUUAAAUUUUACCAACUUAUGGGUUUCUGCCUGUCUUUGUGUUUUUUAUUGUAUAAAAAUUGCAAAUUUCAGACACACCUUCUUCACCUACCUGAAGGCAAAAAUUGACGGGAUGGUGCCAUGGUUGCUGUUGGUUUCAGUGCUUUUAUCCCUGGCCAUCGGCAUCCUUAUUUACAACGUUGCUCAGGAAGCAGAGUUUGGCAACUUCGAUUUCACCUCCCUAGGAAAUUUAUGGAAACUGAGUAUCAGAGUGGAUGAACGUGUUUUCCCUGUAUUUUUAGCUGCUGGCUUGGGAUUUGCCAUUUCAUUCAUGGCAGUAAUUUUUUCUGCCUUUCUCCUCCUCUUUUCUCUCUGGAGACACAAACUCAGGAUGCAGACAAACUCAAUGAAGAACCACAGUGUGGAUGUCCAUAUCAAAGCCAUUAAAUAUAUUUUGUCCUUCUUCUUCCUCUAUACCAUUAACUUUAUAUGUUUGGUCUUGGCACUGGCUUAUGCCACGAAGGAGGCAAAUCCUCUGAUGUUUCUCGUUUCAGUAGUUCAGUACGCCUUUCCAGCUGUUCAUUCCCUUAUUCUGAUUUUCAGCAAUCCCAACCUGAAAAAGACACUGCUAAGGGCUCUGCCCUGUGUGAGGUGCAAGGUUUGCAAGAGAUAGGAACUGUAAUAAAAGCUGGAGCCCAUCAAAAAUAUUGAUAUUUUAUUAUAAAAAAUGAGUAGUUUCUUGUCUAAUGCAACUCUCCAGCCAGUAUAAAUGACGCAAAUGUUCUAACUUCACCAUCUAAAUUAAGAAAACUUCAUUAAAAUUCUUUGACUUUGAAUUAAAUUAUUAUUAGUAUUAGUAUUAGUAUUAGUAUUAGUAUUAGUAUUAGUAUUAGUAUUAGUAUUACUACUUGAUUUAGAUAAUUCUUUGAGUUAAAUUAUUGUCAGUCACAAAGUUAUUCUAGACCUCGUACAUGGGCUGGCUGCAAAAGGGGAAUAAGAAUUCUGCAAACCUUCU